UCGAGUCUUUUCUAUAAUUUGUAAUUCUUUUUUUGUGUUUUGUUUUUGAAAGCAAUUAAACGAGUGUAAAAUUGUAAAUACCGAGACAAAGAAAAAAAAAUUAAGAAAAUAAACUACAGACUAUGUUAGAAGUUGCCAUGGAAACGAAAUUAUAACCUUUGUCGAUCAAGAAUUAAAACUAAAUUUCUACUUUGUCGUUAAGAAGAAAAAAAAAGUCGUCAAGAGAGAGAGAGAGAGAGAGAGAGAGAAAAGAAUUCAGUUAAAAAAAUGGAUACCAGAAAUGAAUUUGCAGACGAAGCAAAAAUUUUCGAGUCAAUUUCGUCCGAUAAACACGCCACUCAGGAGGAAUUUGAGAAUUUUAUGCAUCGCGUCACUGAUGUUGAAAAAAUAGUGAAAAAAUUAGCGUCUUCCGAUUUAAAGGAGCAAGAGGAGGGAAAAUUAUUGGCUGAUCAAAUUUUGGAGGGAAAUUCAGAAAAAGAAUUAACAGACGUUGGUGAAAUACGAAUAAAAACAAAUCGAACAGUAAUAAAUAAAUCUUCCACUAAUAAUGACGAUACAAAUACUUCGAAAGAUGCUUUUAUGAGGAGUGUGGAAUGGGACGCAAAGCAGCGUGCCGAUGAUAGAAAAAUGCGUAAUGAACGAGCGGAAACUUAUAAAAGAAUUGGAAAUGGUGCAUUUAAAGAGGGCGAUUAUGAAAAGGCAUUAACGUAUUUUACGCGUGCCAUUGAAUUUCGUAAGGACUCGACAGUACUUUGGAAUAAUAGAGCAUUAACUUUAAUGAAAUUAAAAAAAUACAGAAAAGCCAUUGACGAUUGUGAAUGGUCUUUAAAAAUAUGUAAUUCCAAUAUAAAGGCACUUUUAAAUAUUGCCAAAUGUCAUGCCCUUCUUCACAAUCACGAAAAAUCCAACGAAUUUAUUCAAAUCGCAAGAGAGCGAAAUUCCAAUUUUACUGAUUUUAUAAAUGAUUUUGAAAAAGAAUUGAAAAAAUUGGAGGAGGAAGUGAUACCAAAAAGAAGUGAUGAUCAAGGAGCUUCCAACAAUUAGUUGUAAUUACUGAAUCAAUAUUAUUAUGAACAAGUGUUUUUAUUUACAAAAAAAAC